AAGGGCUUCUGCUAUUAUUUGGUCUUUUCCUGUCAUAUGAGACGAGAAGUGUUAAACUCAAACAACUCAAUGAUUCCCGACUCGUGGGAAUGAGUAUAUAUAAUGUUGUCAUACUAUGCCUAAUAACAGGACCGGUGUCUCAAGUGAUUGAAGAUCAAGUGAACGCUCACUUCGCGUUCAUAGCGUUAGCGAUCAUAUUCUGCUGUUUUCUGACAAUGGCUUUGGUUUUUGUUCCUAAAGUUGUUGAGUUGGUUCGCCGAAGAGGUGGUCCUAACGCUGGUUUGAAUGGAAGCGGAAUUAACGGCACAUUUCACGAAACAAUGACGAGUCGCGAAGAAGAGGAGCGUUUCAAUAGAAUAACGCUUGAAAACCAAGAGUUAAAAGAAAAGAUAUUUGAAAAGGAGAGACAAAUCGAAGAAAUCAAGACUAAGAUUGAAUUACUGGCGAAAGAACAGCAAGAGUUGCGAAAGAGUGAG